CCCCAGAAAUAAGAGCUUUCCGGGGAGAAUGAUCUGGGUCUGCACGGACGCUCCGCAAAGGUGUGCGUCCACAGAAGAGGGACGGACAGCUCGGCCGCGGAGACCAGCCGCCUCCUCUCUCCAGGCCUCUGCGGCCGCCCGGCGACACCCGAGGAACAAGCCUAGACGCCCGAGCCCGCGUCGCACCCACAGCCCAGCAUCCAACGGCGCCGCCGGCGCCUCGGCCGGAAGGGGGCGUGGCGUCGGGCUGGAGCGGCGAAGGCCGCCGCGGCGUGGGGGUGGGGGUUCCUCCGGGGGCCGCCCCGCAGCCGCGCGUUUCCGGCGCGCUCCCCCGCGUCUUGCGUCCUGUGGUCGCGCCCGUCCCCGCUGCCAUGUUGGAUUGUGCGGCCGCCGCCGCCGCCGCCGCAGGAGGGUUGGAGGAGGAGUUGGGAGUUUAGCGCAGUGGCCGGAGGGCGAGGACAACGACCGUCCGGCCGGAGCCUGCCCCGGCGGGAGCUGGGAGCCUCCCCUUGGCAGCGCGGCCCACCGUCGGCUCCUCCUUCCGAGGCCUCCUCCCCGCGCCGGAGGAGCGGCGAGAUGCUGCGCCUCUAGCUCCCCUCCUCCCGCCCCUGUCCCCGCGAAGGGGAACGAGCGCUCGUCCACUCGCCGGAGGAGACGGCCCUGGCCUCCCUGCCCCGCGGGCGAAGCCAUGAGCUCCGGCCAGCAGCAGCCGCCGCCGCCGCGGAGGGUCACCAACGUGGGGUCCCUGCUGCUCACCCCGCAGGAGAACGAGUCCCUCUUCACCUUCCUCGGCAAGAAAUGUGUGACUAUGUCUUCAGCAGUGGUACAGUUAUAUGCAGCAGAUCGGAACUGUAUGUGGUCAAAGAAGUGCAGUGGUGUUGCUUGUCUCGUUAAGGACAAUCCACAGAGAUCUUAUUUUUUAAGAAUAUUUGAUAUCAAGGAUGGGAAACUAUUGUGGGAACAAGAGCUAUACAAUAACUUUGUAUAUAAUAGUCCUAGAGGAUAUUUUCAUACAUUUGCUGGAGAUACCUGUCAAGUUGCUCUUAAUUUUGCCAAUGAAGAAGAAGCAAAAAAAUUCCGUAAAGCAGUUACAGACUUGUUGGGCCGGCGACAAAGGAAAUCUGAGAAAAGACGAGACCCCCCAAAUGGUCCUAAUCUACCCAUGGCAACAGUUGACAUAAAAAAUCCAGAAAUUACAACAAAUAGAUUUUAUGGUCCACAAGUCAACAACAUCUCCCAUACCAAAGAAAAGAAAAAAGGAAAAGCUAAAAAGAAAAGAUUAACUAAGGCAGAUAUUGGAACACCAAGCAAUUUCCAGCACAUUGGACAUGUUGGUUGGGAUCCAAAUACUGGCUUUGAUCUGAAUAAUUUGGAUCCAGAAUUGAAGAAUCUUUUUGAUAUGUGUGGAAUCUCAGAGGCACAACUUAAAGACAGAGAAACAUCAAAAGUUAUAUAUGACUUCAUUGAAAAAACAGGAGGUGUUGAAGCUGUUAAAAAUGAACUACGAAGGCAAGCACCGCCACCUCCACCACCAUCAAGGGGAGGGCCGCCUCCUCCUCCCCCUCCUCCACAUAGCUCGGGCCCUCCUCCCCCUCCUGCCAGGGGAAGAGGGGCUCCUCCUCCACCCCCUUCAAGAGCUCCCACAGCUGCACCACCACCACCACCUCCGUCCAGGCCAGGGGUAGGAGUGCCUCCACCGCCGCCAAAUAGGAUGUACCCUCCUCCACCUCCAGCCCUUCCCUCCUCAGCACCUUCAGGGCCUCCACCACCACCUCCACCUCUGUCGGUGGCCGGGUCAGUGGCACCACCCCCACCGCCUCCACCUCCACCUCCACCGGGGCCACCACCUCCCCCUGGCCUCCCUUCGGAUGGUGACCAUCAAGUUCCAGCUCCUGCAGGAAGCAAAGCAGCUCUUUUAGAUCAAAUUAGAGAGGGGGCUCAGCUGAAAAAAGUGGAACAGAACAGUCGACCGGUGUCCUGCUCUGGAAGGGAUGCACUUUUAGACCAGAUACGACAGGGUAUUCAGCUGAAAUCUGUAUCUGAUGGCCAAGAGUCUACACCACCGACACCUGCACCCACUUCAGGAAUUGUAGGUGCAUUAAUGGAAGUGAUGCAGAAAAGGAGCAAAGCCAUUCAUUCCUCAGAUGAAGAUGAGGAUGAAGAUGAGGAAGAAGAUUUUGAGGAUGAUGAUGAAUGGGAAGACUGACCUAUAUAUUAUAUAUAUAUUUUUAAGGUGAAAUACUAAACACUACUUUCUGUCUAUGGAUUCUGUAAAAUUAUCAUGUAAAUGUUCUACCAAUUUGCUGUAUAUUUUUGUUGCCUUUUUUGCUUUUUUUUUAUUAAUCUGUGCAAUACCUCAUUUAAUCUGUAAGGGUUUGUCAUAAUCCUCUGCAAAACUACUCCCUGUUACUGUGUGCACGUUUACACCAGGAUGCUCACGUAAUUUGUGAAUAUUUUCCAUUCCAUCAACAAGGGAGUUUAAAUAUUAUAUGUGAGACUGACAAAAACCUUAAUUGUAAUUUAGUUAUAAUGCCAGAAGGAAAACACUAUUUUCAUACCCUACUUUUUCUGUACCUAAAUUUUCUUAUUAAAAUCUAGUAUAGCACUACAUUCUUUUUUAAGUGAUGCAGACGUUAGUUUAUUUAGCCCCUUCAUUUUGAACACAUGCCACAUGAAUGUUGAAGCUGAUACAUUGCACAGUUCUCUAGACAUCACUACACUGAUGCAGUUUCUCCAAGUUUAGCAGUAUGCUCUGCGUAGAAUCACUACAGAGAUGCUGGUUGGGAAAAUGAGUAACACACCUCUUACAGCAAUAUUGCCUGUUAUUGUAUAGAUGUGGUAUUUGGAGGCUGGAAUCAUAAGGAGCCCUUGCACAUCUGUACUUGACUGAGGUUAUUUUUGUGCUAUGGCAAAUGUGGCAGGCUCUUUUUGGCAAAAAUUUUAAAAAUAUUUUUGGUAUUAUUCUGAAACAAAAGUUAAUUAACUUUGUUGAGGUUUGGGGAUCUUAGAGAUAAUUUCAGUUUACAGGAACUGAAGGAGGCUAUGUAUUGUGGUUACUUUAAUAUCUGUGUAAAUACACUAUAAAAAUCAGAACAUUAUAAAAGUGAUGUGGAAUUAAGUAUUUUUAUUUUGCAGUCUGUAUGGAUUGAGGUAUUCAGAAAUACCAACCUUAAAAAUCUCAUGUGGCUGGCAAAGGUAUACACCAUAAUGGUGAAACAGUUAUGCUGGGUUUUUUUAAAUUUUGAUAAUUUCUCAAGGUUUUUGUCAAAAUGUCAGGUGAACAGUUACAUUUUUCUUAAAAGAUUAGUGGUCCCAAUGUCAAAUUUCUUGAAACACAAAACUGAAUGAUAGAUUGUUUUUUUAAAAAAGCUAAAACUUUACAACCUGCACAUUUGUUAUGUAUGCUAAAUGAUGUGUUAAAAUUAGGGUUUCCUUGCCUCUCUACAAUACACUAGUCUGCCUAAAGGUGGUUGUUUCAUAUUUAUAGCAUUAAUUAUCAUACCUACCUACUUUAAAUUUUAGGUAGAAAAAUUACCUGAUUUAAAUACAGACACCUAUUUUUCUCACAUUGAGUCAUAUGCAGAAUGUAGUUCCAAAUGUAUUUCCUUACUGUAGUCACAAUAUCUGACUGAAAAUUAAGCUCUCUAUAAUUGUACCGACCAAAAUCUAGUAUUGGCAUGAUCUUGACAGGCUGGACCUGCAAGAUGUGGCUUGAAUUUUAACCAGUUAUCACAUAAUCUCUAGUCAUCGUGCAUCUAGUUAUCAUGAGAAAUAAUUUAAAAGGUUUUGUUGCUGAAAGCAGUAGGUGGUGCAGUAAAAUAGUUAAGUUAUUCAGCUCCUUGCAGGAGUAAUUUAAGCACAUGGGAAAGAUACUAGACUUUUUGUGUCUUGCAAAAACAGUGCCCUCUGCUGCUGGAAACCUUUUUCUGCUUACUCUCAUUUUUAUUGUGGCUUGAGCUCUGUGGGUCUGGUGUGGAUGAGACUGGACAACUACUAACCAAUAAAAUUAGAAAUUUGUGCAAAUAGUAAAUAGAACAUUGUAAUUAUUUUAAGUAGUGUUAAACAUUUUACUUGUUUUUCUUUUAGACAUUAUACAAAUUUUUUUAAAGUAUCUUAGAAAUGUCUUUAAAGUAAUGCCAAUUUAAGAUCUCUGUUAACUUUGGGGCAAGGAGUUCAGGGUUUCCCAGCUAACUUUGUUAUGAUAAAGGUUUAUCAGGAGCUGCUGUGAGCAGAGGAUAUCAGUUCUUUGAAUUGCAAACACAAUUUUAAACAUGUAAGAUGGGUAUAAAAUUUGCCAAUGAUAAUUGAGUUUAUUCUUUCUUCUUAAAGGAAAAAAAAAAAAAGACUUUGUUGUUGUUGCACAAAGUCUGAAUUACUAUUGGUUGAAACACAGCAGCUGUGGAAUUCAGUCCAGGCAUGAAGACUAAAAGCACUCUAGAUGUAAAGGUUGCAUGUUUCAGUCCUCCACCACCUUGCACUGUGAACAGCACUAUACCUGUGCGUUGUCUGAGAGCCUCCCACGUGUACUCCAGCUAAAUGAUUGUCUGAUAGCCUUCGCGUUUAACAAGCUAGCAUGAGGCUUUUUAUAUCUAAAUGCUAUGUGAUAGACAAUUUCAGCUAGCCACAUAUUGUAUGUAUGAGAUUCAUAAAGACUUUCAAUCAUUCAUUUCCAUUUAUCAACUGAAAUUUUGUUUAGUAUGUGAAAUUUUUUUUGAAAUGUUUAGUGAAUAGGAUGUUGCACUGGUGGCAAUUCAUCAUGGAGCAUAAUAAAAUUAAUUUGACCCAAA